AUGAGUGCGCUUCCAUCACCCAAAGAACGCUUCGACAACGCAUGCAAACAUGCAGCUGUGCUCCGGGCUCUUCUCUCUCACCCAUCUAUGAAUCUCACUCCUGACGGCCUUCCUGAUCAUACCAAAACCCACCCAACUCUCUUCUUUGUGACCGACUUUGGACUAAGAUCCUACAAGGACUACCUCCUUCCCAUCCUUCCUCCUGACGCCGAGAAAACAUCACAAUCUCUGGCUCUCCAGGGUGUGGAUGAUGUGAAAGAGAGUCCAGAGUUGAUGAGCGAUGAUAUGUAUCCACGCAUGGAAGUGGGCGGUUUUAGACAAAAAUGGGUCGACGCGCAGGGACGUACCAUGAUGUUCAAGUCCUGCAUUCUGGACACGUCCACGCACCAUUUUUUUGGCGGGUCCUUUGACUUUGGGGACGAGGUCAAGGAGAAGGCCAGGGCAUUGGCGUGA